AUGCCGCGCUCGGCGGGAAGGCACCGCGCACCCGCGGGUUCCGCUUCCGGGCCGGCAUUUUCCCCGCGUCCCAGGCGGGAAAUGGCGGCGGCGCCACCGCCGGGGCCGGGGCCGGGGCCGGGGAUAGAGCCAGAGCCAGAGCCGGGCCCGGGCUCGGAGGGCACGGCUCGAAGGGACCCGCGGGUGCGCUGCUGCUCGCGGCGCGGGGUGGGCGCGGUGCUGGAGCUGUGCGCGCCCUUCGUGCGGGCCCUGRCGCAGGGACAGCCCGGCGGGGCCGCGGCCGAGGCGGACGCGCUCUGGAACUUCGAGACAGCGGUGCGGGAGAAUGUUACCAUUAACGGGCAGCCCUGGGAGGAGGCCUCGGAUGACUCCGAGCUGCAGAGCGGUUCCAACAUUAAAAUUCUUGAGGAUCAGUUUGAUGAACUAAUAGUAGAGACAGCAUCUAGGCGUCAAAUGUGGCCUAAAAAGAUCCUGGUGCAUGUUGUCCAAACACUGAAAGCAGAGCAAGAGAUGUUGAAGCUCUACCAGCCUGUGGUAAAACCAGCAGAGAGAAAAUCUCCACCUUCUCAAGAUGCUUCUAUUGCGGAUCUGAAGCAGGCGACAGAAGUGGCAUCCAAACAGAUCAGCGAAGCAAUGCAGUCUAUUCCAGCACUCAUAGAAAAAGCAGAAGGUUUUUCCCAAGCGUUAACUUGGCAACCAACCUUGGAACUCUGCAAGCUGCGGCAAGAAGUCUUUUCYGGUUGCAAGGCGAAGGAGGAAAACAAUGCUCAAGAUUCAGUAGCACCAGGAGAAGUCACACCAACAGAAACUGUUACCAGUAAAAAUCCUUAUGUUUUACUAAAAAAAAGAAAAGUUGCGGCUUCCCCCAAAAGAAAGCACUACCCAAUACGACGGAGGAAGAUUACUCUCAGCACGUGAAUUUCUCAAUUUCGCUUUUCAGAUUGGAAUCUCAGUUAUACUUUUGUUCUGUGUGUUCCAUCUUUUUCCUCAGAACUCAUCUCCCCUCAGUGCUGUACAUGGGAGCUUCCUUAAUUAGUGUUUGAUCCUUUUAAAUAUUUCUGUUUUUACUGUCAUGCUGAUGGUAUAUGAAAUCCUAUACAUACCAGUAGCAUCCAAUAUCCAGCAAGUAUAUUUGCCRUUUAACUCAUUUUUUGCUCUUAUGUUGCAGUUUUUAGCUUGAGUCCUUGUGCUUCUCAGAGUUUGUGGGCAUGCUUUAUGUGUGUGGGCAGUCUUUUAGGAAACCACUAACUGCUCAUUUACCUUCAGCAUAUCUCUAAAGAGGUUAGAGAGUGUCUAGUUUCCUAAUKCAACUUCAUUAAUUACUCAGGCAGGUGGCUUUUAUUUUAAUAAGUAAAUUKGCACUGCAGCAUAUUGAAAACACCGGAUUUGAUGCGAUGUUAAAGUUUCAGGAAAAUCCAUGCACAAAUGUGACAUUGGUCCCUGCAAUUCUACCUUUCCUGAAUGCAGGUCAGGCAYGAUUAUUUAUAGGCAUGAUUGUUGAAACUUGGAUUUUUAGUAAUUGUAUGUAUUUACUUGCAGUGUGCUCUUCUGAACAGGAAUUCAACCAUCAGCAUCUUAGGGUCUGAUAUUUCAUUUCAUGUAAUCCAAUUAUGCASCUCAGGGGUUUCCUGGACAGUAUUUCCACACAUGACAGGAUCUUGAUUUCGUCUGUGUUUGCAUUUGUGUCGUUUGACUAAACUUUAAAGAUCAGUACAGGCUACCAGUAAAUGGUAUUCACUUGAGUUAGCUUAACUUCUGUUUUCUUUACUCAUUAGUACCUGGAGGAUUUCACAGUACUACUAAAUUGAGCAUUGUGCCUUAACCAUUUAUAACUUUUUCUAGUUUAUGGUUGCAUGUGCCUGCAGUAAAUACUUAUGUCUAGUAUGUAAUGUAUUUCUUACACAGUAAAUGGAAGGGGGGUUUUAGAAGCUUUAUUAAUGACUUAUUUGGUGCUAAGAACACAGGUCCAACCUAAUGUCUAGGAGACUGAAGAUUCUMAAGAAAAUAGAUUUUAGCAUCAUUUAUUUUGUAAAAGUGAGCAUCUGUACCRAGACUUUGUAUAUGUAAUCAUAUGUAAAUAUUUUUCCUGUCCUUGUAUAUACAAAUGUGUGUUUUUAUAUGAAGUAAAUUAAAUCGAUUAAGGAAGAUGAAAGCUUCAGAUAAUAUUGUGAGUUCUAAUCCUGGACUGGAUGGAGGCUGAGCAGUGAGCAUAAUUCAGAAGACAUCUGUGUUAAAUUCUAGCUGGAGUAACUGAAGUAGUUCCAUUUACUGCCUUUGAACUUGCAACUGUUAUUAAUCUCGGAGCUACAAAGCUCGUGUAAGAGAGGACAGGAUGUGAGAGGGACUGGAGCUGCAGAGCUGUGGAACGUGUGGCUGAGGCAGCUUCUCACACAGCCACUUGCUAUUUUGAGUGCCUGUGCUCUGUGCGGUGUUGAAAAUCCUCACUACGGCUUUCUUCAUAGAUCUUGAGUGUUGCUAGGCUAAGGUGAGCCCUGCAAGAUUCUGCAUGGCUACUAUCACAGUAUUUGGACAUUUUCUCUGUUAGUAGGAAGAUUCUAUUAGGAGGAAUAUUCUCUGCAAAUGAUAGGCAAGUACAGAAAAUAGCUAGGAAUAGGUGAAUCUCUGAAGAAGUGUUAUCAGUAAUGGCUGGGGUAGGACAAAUGCCAAAAGAAAUAAGAAGGGAAAACACUGAUUUAAUAAAUAAAUUAAUAGAAUCACACUACAGURCUUGUUUCUAUUUAGAGACUGAGGGAUAGCUGACCUGCACASGGUUUGUAGUAAGUGGGAAUGGAUGCCCUGAGCCAGAACAGUUGGUCUUUGUUCCAUGGCUCUUGUUUCAACUGCAACUGGGUGGCAAAAGACAAAUGCAUCUGGAAAUGCUGGCCAARUGGAUUGUGUAAAGAAGAUAAAGCAAUGAGGAUUCCAAGUGCGGCAUAUAAACUAGGAAUUAAAAAAAUCUCUGAUGGUUACUUUUGGCCAUCAGCACUGGAAGGUCAGAGGACAUCCCUUUAAAUGCAAGUUCUAUGAUAAGCUAAACAACACUUAAGUGUUCAGCAGUUUUUCAAAUACUUAWUAAAAAUUACUACAGCUAGUGAUACCUGCAAUAUACUAGUUGUUCUUCCUAUUGGUAGAAAUAUAUAAAACACUUCAUUUUCCCCCAUUCCAGUAGCCUUCUGUCCUUCAGUUAACUUUUCAUAGGAAUUGGCAGUGUUGUGCAAGACAUGUCUAAUCAGGCUUCUACUGAAAUGUCACAACAGCCAAACUUCUUAUUUUUAACUUGGGGCGAAUUGGUAUUGCAUCAAGAAAUGUCUGGUAGUUUUUCUUUAUAUAGCCUUUGAAUUUUGUAAGCUCAACAGUGAUGGAUGCUUGGGUUCAUUUGCAAACAGUUUGAAUUUCUUGGCUUUAGGGGCGAGAUGGAACAUCUCGCUGUUACUGUGUACUGUCUGCAAAGUGCUUAUUGCUCCUGAGGUUGGGCCGUCCCCGGCCGAGAAAAACUUGCAAAUUGGAGCAACAUCCAUGCAGGCUUUUGCUGUGUGUACUUUCUGAACAAAGGGGAUUGCAAACUGUAAUGGAGAGCACCUCUUCUGGAAAUCUGCCCAUGGACUCUGACAUCUGUUUGGAAGCCGGGGUGCUCUUGAGACCCAGUUCUGACAUGUGCCAUUCUCUAGAAGAGCUGUGCUGUGCUAAGUUGUGAUCGGAGACUCCAGUCUGCAUGUGUGUAGGCUGCUUCAGGACAGACAAACAUCACUGAUAAACUGCCAUUAUAAAAUGUAAGCACAGCUGACUUACAGAAAGAAAUUUAUUUCUGGGCUGGUCUUGUCUCCUGCACAGAAAUGCUCUGCCUUCACUUCUGCACUACCUGGAAUUACUGUGUGGGCAUUUCUACAGAUGUACCAGAGAUAGCUUUAAUACUAAGUAGAAACUUGUUCCCACAAGCAAAUUUUGACUUGUCAUUUCCUUUGUCAUUUGUUCUGAACAAGAACACUAUUCAGGCUCAARGGGACUGUCCCCUGGCUUGUCCCAUGCUUAUGUUAUCCUGGAAACCUUAUUCUGCAGCUGCCAGGAAUCAUUCAGUGACGUAGAUAUUUGUUCAGGACUA